AUGGCUAAUCCAGAUGUACGGCUCAAUCACACAAUCUACAUCAACAAUCUGAACGAGAAAAUCAAGAAAGAUGAGUUGAAGAAGUCUCUGUAUGCCAUCUUCUCACAGUUUGGACAGAUUUUGGACAUCUUGGUGGCACGAAACCUGAAGAUGAAGGGUCAGGCCUUUGUUAUCUUCAAAGAGGUUAACAGUGCUUCCAAUGCUCUGAGAUCCAUGCAGGGAUUUCCUUUCUACGACAAACCCAUGCGUAUCCAGUAUGCCAAGAUCGAUUCAGACAUUAUAGCUAAAAUGAAGGGGACGUAUGUGGAGCGUGACCGUAAAAAGGAGAAGAAGAAGGUUAAAGGAGCCGAAGCAGCGGGAGCUAAGAAGGGUGUACCAGGAGCUGCUGCACCCAUGGUUGCAGGGGUACCAGCUGCCAUGCCGGGAAUGCCUCCCAUGAACCAGGCUCCACGUAUGAUGCACAUGCCAGGCCAGCCACCGUAUAUGCCCCCUCCUGGUAUGAUGGCUCCUCCGGGGAUGGCGCCUGGCCAGAUGCCUCCUGGUGCCAUGCCUCCUGGCCAGAUGAUGCCGGGCCAGAUGCCUGGACAAAUGCCCCAGCAGGUUGCAGAAAAUCCUCCCAAUCACAUCCUCUUCCUCACCAACCUGCCAGAGGAGACAAACGAACUCAUGCUCUCCAUGCUCUUCAACCAGUUCCCCGGGUUCAAGGAGGUGCGUCUGGUCCCUGGUCGCCACGACAUCGCCUUCGUGGAGUUUGAGAACGAAGUGCAAGCCGGCGCUGCACGAGACGCACUACAAGGCUUUAAGAUCACACAAGCAAACGCCAUGAAGAUCUCAUUCGCUAAGAAAUAACGCCUCUCAAAACAGGUCUUUUUCUCACAUGCACACACACAGGUCUUUUUAAAAAAUGUGCAGCAGUGACCCGAACUAAGAAACAUUUUUAGAACUGCUGAUAAGUGCAGCACAGGCGGUGUAUUUUUUUGUUCCACCUUCAUCCUGGAUUACAUGUAAGUAUACAUUCUUUGCAUCAAGUUGCUGUGUUUUAUCUUCCCACACUGAUGGAACUCUUCACAUAAAAUAAUAGUCAGGUAACUUUAUGGAGGAGUUCUUCAUCUUACUGAUAGGUAUCAUUGCUGGUUUACCUUUUUUUGGAUUUAUACUGUAAUCCACGAGCAACUUGAUGUGUCUUCUGUAUUGUAACUGUUUGUCAUGAAGCAUUGCACCCAGGGUCUGGUCUACCAGACAUUGUACCUGGAGCUUUUUUCUUUUUAUAAUUAAAAUUAAUUUUCUUUGAGACAGUG